ACACUCCAGGAGGCAGCCCGUGACUCUGGUCCAUCUGCGUUCCUCCUUUUGCCUCUAGGAGCAGGCUAGGCGGGGGAGGGGGGUUCAUCUAAGGCAGAGCAUGGAAAAAACCCAAAUCAGAGCGGGAGGCUGGAGUUUCUGGUAGAAGAGGAGGCGCCGGGACGGGCGGGCCGCCGGGGGAAUCCAGCGCCGGGCCGCAGCGGGCACCGCCUCCCCUGUCAUCUCGCGCCGCGGGCCAUUGUACGGAUCUAGCACAGGCCAGAUUAGGUCACGGGGAUGGGCUGUGCCAUGGCACAGGUCGUUAAUCCAGGGAGCGUAGAAAUCCAGAGCCGUCAUCCCGUCUGCGUGGCCCCGUCAUUGCGGGGUUGCUCUUGGAUCUCGAGGGAACGAGGACGGCGUCGAGGACGGCCGGCGGUGUGGUAGAAUGGAGGAGAGCGACCUGGAGUUCGUGCUAGAUCUGGUGGACAGAUUCCCACUUCGAGAAGAGUUCGCGGAUAACCUUGAGCACCCGGAUCCGGUGCCGCUGAGGCUGCUGCCCAGGGGGAGGCUGGCGCUCUUGGCCCGGAGGAUUCAAAUGGUGAAUCUGGUUAAUCGGGAGGCACCUCGAUGGACGAAAAGCUUAAGAGGGAGUGCACUGCCAGACAGAACUUCGUGUGCUUCACGGAUGAACGCACUGGACCAAUCCAUACGGAAGUUUGCUGAGGAACCGACAAAGAGUGUGAUUAAACCAGAAUUAGGAAUAAGUUUCGAUUCUUUGGACGAUGCAUACGACUUCUACAGUCUGUAUUCAUGGGAAGUUGGAUUCGGUAUUAGAUAUGGGCAAAGUCGACUGAAUGUAGAAAGAAUCAAGUCGAUGCAGGAGAUAGUGUGCGGUUGCUCGCUAAGUUGUGGGAGCUAUGUGCAGUUGUCUCCACUGCAUAUGAACCUGAGUCUGGUAUGUUUGGAUUGAAUGCAGAUGAGCUUUGUAAGGAAGACGACAAAAUAGACUGGGAUUAAACCAUUCAGGUUCCCCAUGAUGAUCAUGGAUUGUUGUUCCUUGUACAUUCUCGACAUUGAGAAGAAGAUUGUAAUGGUGCUUGAUCCAAUCCAAUAGAGACAGAUUCAUCAGAUGAGAUGAAGAGGAAGCAUGAGGCGCCGGCGAGUAACUUCCGGCGUAGCUUUUGCAGACCUUUUUAAUGACAUGUUUGGAGCUCGCUUCGUCGAGACGGCUGGAGAAGAGAAGCAUAGUUCAAUUACUGAAGAUAGAACAGCGUUUGCAUACAUAACAAGGCGGGACUGGUGUUCCAGUUUAAUUUGAAAUCCUUAUACAUAGUACUGUAGUAGACUGAGCAUACAAAAGGAUGAUUUGAGAAGACAAUGUUGGUUGCUGCAAGCAAACGAGCAGGAAUGCUAUUCAUGGCAUAUUGUUGAUUCA